ACUAGGGGAGCACAGUCACACUUGCUUUGGUCUGCAGACCCAGGCAAUCGAAAACUCAGAAAUGGAAACGUGUGCACCUUUCCGGCAGCAAAAUUGACUCUGCGUUCUUUGCAGCCUCGACUUGAAGGCUGCACUGGGAGAAACUCUGUGCCUCCGGGAAAGUUUGGAAACGGAACUACGAGAGAGGCCAGACAUCGGGGAUUUUGCGGGCCCUGCGAUGUCUUCCAGAGCUUUUCAAGUGGGGAGAGAAGAGCGACGAAAUGAAAAUGCAACGUGUAGGAGAGGCCGCCCGAGUCCCGCAAGUUGCCGGUCGCAGAGGUACACAGUUGCUCCUAGCAUGACCGUGAUCUGAUCAGCAACCACAAGAAUCUGACUCCCGUGUGGGGUGCCUUAGUGCUGGGGCCUGGUCACCGCCCACAACUCCAGAGCUGCCAUGGCUGCUGCCUCGACGUCCACCCCUGUCAUUUCACAGCCCCAGUUCACAGCCAUGAAUGAACCACAGUGCUUCUACAAUGAGUCCAUCGCCUUCUUUUAUAACCGGAGUGGAAAGUACCUUGCCACAGAAUGGAACACAGUUAGCAAGCUGGUGAUGGGACUUGGAAUCACCGUCUGUAUCUUCAUCAUGUUGGCCAACCUGCUGGUCAUGGUAGCGAUCUAUGUCAACCGCCGCUUCCAUUUUCCUAUUUAUUACUUAAUGGCGAAUCUGGCUGCUGCGGACUUCUUUGCUGGGUUGGCCUACUUCUACCUAAUGUUCAACACAGGACCCAAUACUCGGAGACUGACUGUUAGCACAUGGCUCCUGCGUCAGGGCCUCAUUGACACCAGCCUGACAGCCUCUGUGGCCAACCUACUGGCCAUUGCAAUCGAGAGGCAUAUUACGGUUUUCCGCAUGCAGCUCCACACGCGGAUGAGCAACCGGCGGGUGGUGGUGGUGAUUGUGGUCAUCUGGACCAUGGCCAUUGUUAUGGGGGCCAUACCCAGUGUGGGCUGGAACUGCAUCUGUGAUAUUGAAAACUGUUCCAACAUGGCACCCCUCUACAGUGACUCUUACUUGGUCUUCUGGGCCAUUUUCAACUUGGUGACCUUUGUCGUCAUGGUGGUUCUCUACGCUCAUAUCUUUGGCUACGUUCGCCAGAGGACUAUGAGGAUGUCUCGGCAUAGUUCUGGGCCACGGCGCAAUCGGGAUACCAUGAUGAGUCUUCUGAAGACUGUGGUCAUCGUGCUUGGUGCCUUUAUCAUCUGCUGGACUCCUGGACUGGUCUUGUUACUUCUUGACGUGUGCUGCCCACAGUGUGACGUUCUGGCCUAUGAGAAGUUUUUCCUUCUGCUUGCCGAGUUCAACUCUGCCAUGAACCCCAUCAUCUACUCCUACCGCGACAAGGAGAUGAGCGCCACCUUCAGGCAGAUCCUCUGCUGCCAGCGCAGUGAGAACACCAGCGGCCCCACGGAAGGCUCCGACCGCUCAGCGUCCUCCGUCAACCACACCAUUCUGGCUGGAGUUCACAGCAACGACCACUCCGUGGUUUAGAAAGGAAACUAACUAAGAUGAGACGCGGCCAUCAUCUACUGAGGGAUGAUCAUCCUCCCCCUUCCCAAAGGCACGGGCAGGGUGAGGUGUGAGAGAGAGGAAAAACACACUCGUGUGCUUAAACACUAACCCAUGGCAGUAUUUGUUCCUAGACCCACCAAGACUUGAUGUAUAUUGAAAAAUUAGCUUAUGGGACAUCCCUCAUCCUACUCCCCGUUCGUUUUGAAAGUAGAAAGUGGAGACCUUGCAGUAGAAUUCAUAAACAGACUCUGGAGUGUCCAUUUACACUACACUAACUAGUCUUCAAAAGAUUUUGUGUGGUUUGGUGCAAGUCAGAAUCCAUUCUGACUAAUUGAAUCCACAACUUCAUUUACAUGCAGGCUUCCCUGUUUUUCUUUUUAAAGGAUACAUUUCAUUUAAUAAACAUGUUUAUGCCUGUCAGCAUGCUUGUGAUGGAUAAGACUAUAGACUGUUUUUAAACGAUCAUAACUCCAUUUUUUUCCUUAUGUAGGAAAACUGUAAAUUAGAAUUACUUUUCUAGAAAGCAUGCAUGUAAUGUAUGUAUGCAGUAUGCUGUACUUAAAAAGAUAAAAGGGUAUUAAUUUUAAAUCUUCUAGGAAAUAGAAAAACCUAGAUGUCAAAGCCAGUAUUUGUUUAGGUUAUGAAACAAACAAUGAUCUAAUCACAAUAUUACCUUUUUUAUUAAAGUGUUGUAACAUGUAUAAAACAGGGAAUGUAAGUUUAUUAUCAGAAGAAUAUGUUGUACUCUAUAAAAGUUAUAGAGAUGAGCACAGUGGUAUUGUUCCCACAUAUUUAUAAUAUCCAAGUACAUUCUAAUUAUUAGUUCAUCAGAGGAAUUUUUUAAUGACCUGUGUUUUUCUGUAUUAUAAUACAUAGUCAUUGUAGAAAACUUGAAAAAUACAGAAAUGUAUAAAACAUUCAGAAAAAAUACUGAUAAUAUCACAACCCAGAAGUAAUCACCAUUAACAGCUUUUCCCCUGUGUAUGCCUAUAUGUAUAUUAUAUACCUUUUUAUAUAAUUGGGAUCAUACUGUAAACAGUUUUAUAACCAGUUUGUUUUUUCCACUGCAUAAUUGCCACAUUUUCCUAUGGCAUUAAAAAUUUUACAAAAACAUAAUUUUAAUGGCUAUAUAAUAUUCCAUUUAAUGGAUGCAACUCAGUUUAUUUAACCAUUCCUGUAUUGUUGACUACUUAGGUUAUGUCUAAUUUUCACUAUUAUAAAUAAUGUUGCAAAAAUUUUAUGUACAUAAAACUUUGUCCAUGUAAUUGAUUAUUUACUUAGGACACAUUCCCAUGAAGGAUUUUUUCUUUUAAUGUGAAAUGUCUUUUUAUGCUCUUACCUUUUAUAAAAGGGGAUUUCCUGCUUUUGCCCUAUGUAGGUGGCAACUGUGAGGAAAGCCAGUUAAAUUACCUUUUUACAAAGGAAAUGCAGUGGUUACUUUAGUUGAGAGUGACUUUUUUAUAUAACAAGAUGGACUAGAAACAGUCAACUGCCACAAAUAGCCAGGAUACCCUACUUAAUAUGUCUAGCAAUUCCAAAUUUCAUUUGAGCAAUGGAUGAUCCAACUCUCGGUAGCCACAACUCUAGUGUAGAAUUGAAGACAAUGCAAAGAAAUCAAACAUGCCGAGUGAAUAAAGGAUCAUCUUCAUAUUAAAUAGCUUCUGUAGCAAAUGGGUUGAGCGUGUUGGUAUGUGACUGGAUACUGUGUAUUCUCUAAGGUCACCCCCACAGAUGCCGCCAUAUUAGGUGAUACCUGUUCAACUGUCCGGGUAAACUAAUUAUUGCACCAGUUUGUCGUAAUAAGUAACCAGUAAAGUCACAGUCACGAAGCAGGUGUGGGAAAGUCAGGAGUAUGUUUGAGAGAGAGAUGUCCAGAAGAAGAAUGGUUAUUUAGGAAGGAGGAGGUCAGUGCAUGGUCACCAUUUGAGCAGAGGGCAGACUCAAUAAGUGCCCAAACUGGAAAGAAUAUGGGGAACCGGUUAGCAGAAAGGUGUUUGCACAGACUUUACACAAAAUACAGAACAUUUCAUAGUGGAAGGGAACCAAAUGAACUUGGACUUUUACUCAUGCGCAUUUAUUCUGAAGGAGUUGUGGACUAUUUGAAAUUUAAAAACAUACUAAUUGGACUUUAAUAAAUCAUUCUCAAUCAGUGUUUGCUAA